CACUUUCAUCUCCAUAGCAACACCAGAUGCCUAGGAGGGGAAAAGUUGAUAGCGGCGUGAAUUGCAUAUCAUAUGUGUGCGUUUUAUGUACUUCCAAAUGUUUACCUGUUUGUAAGAAGUAAUUAUUCAGCCAAUGGGAUAUUAUCAAGUCGUCUUUUUAUCCUGCAGUCCUUGAAUUUUGUGUGAGGGUGGUGUGGAAAGAAACUACACGAGGUAGCUAUGGAGGACAGUAUCGUGAAAAUGAUUGAGAUGGAAUUAGCCAUGACUGAUAUCUCCUCAGGAGACGAAAAGGAAACCGAGAAAGAUGUUAAAGCAGGAGAUUUUGAUGAAACGGAGCUGUUUUCAGAAGAGCUACCAGACUCUGUCAUUUCCUAUCUGAAAGCUGCAGAGGAUAGAGUAAAGCAUCUAGAAGAAUGUCUUUUGCAGGAUAGAGAAGAUGCAGUUUACAGUGCUUGCUACACAGUAAUUCCAUUCUCCUCUUCUCAUUACCUAAAAGAGAUAGCAUCCAAAUUUAAAGAAGAUCCAGAAAUAUUGAAGCACAAGAUAUUAUGUGAAAUAGAGGAGGAAGAAAACAAAUCUCAGUCUGGAAGUAAUCAUGCUGGAAGUCCAUUUAUUUCUGAGUAUGGAAAAAUAAAUGGCUUAAUUAUCAAGGAAGAGAAAGGUGAUGAAGUUGCAGUAACCCUUGAUUAUAUAGAGACAGAAGAAAGAUGCAGGCAAGAACUUCUUCAGUGGGAAGAAGAACAAAAUAAAAUGGAAGAAAAUAAAAUGUCUGAACUUAAGAUGCUGAAAGUGCUGCAUGAAAAGCAGUUAAAGGAUGAAGAGGAGAAGAAGCUAUUAAGGCAGCAGCAGUUUGACGAAGAAAGAAGAAAGUUGGAAAUGAAGCACAUGCAACAGCAGGCUGAACUGGAAGAAAAAAUACGAAAAGACCAAACUAUUUUUCAAGAGGAGCUGAAACAACAAGAGGCAGUAAUUAGAGCACUAGAGCUCAGAAUGUAUGAAGAAAGGAAGCUGUUUGAGGAGCAGAAGGUAAAUGAAGAAAAGAAACAACAAGAAAAGCAGCACAAUGCAGCAGUAUUAAUCCAAGCUCAGUUUAGAGCCUUUGCUGUAUAUAAAAAAUACGCACCUAUACUAAUGCGUUGUAGAGAGGAAAGGCAAAGAAAAAAGGAACUAAAGGUAAAAAUGGACAGAGAGAAGAAAGAAAUGGAGGAAAAAAUUAAACAAAAGCUAGCAGAACAAAAGCUUAUUGAAGAGGAGGAGAGAAAAAAAAGAGAAGUUGAAAAGCUACAACGUGAGGAAGCAGAAUUGAGACGUAUUCAAUAUGAGAAGAAAAAAGAGGAAGAAAGACUUAAAUAUGAAAAAGAAAAGCAGAUAAUGUUUGAACAGCAGCAAAAAGAGAAAGAAGAAAAUGAGAGAUUAAAGAGGAAUGAAUUUGAGAGGAAGGCCAGGGAACAAGAAGAAAACAGAAAAGCUAUUCAAAGAAAAGAGCAAGAAAUGAAAAGACAAUGCAAGGAAACAGCAAUCCAAACAGAAGAUAUUAUGCAGGAGGAAAACAUGACAAAUCUGCCUAGUGGAAAUAUAAAUGCAUUUCUCACAACUGAAUCAGAAAAUGAAAUGGCAAACAGAAAGAAAAAUAAGCCAGUUAGUCAGAGUGAUACUAGUAACAGAGAACAAAGCAAACAGAGUUCUGCCAGCAGUGAAAAUGUAACCAUAGUGACUGAAGUAACAAGUGAAGUUACAGAUGCAGCAGUAAAUGCAAAGCAAUGUGAUCAGAACGAUGCAUAUGCAAACAGCAACUUCAUUAAAGGUGAAGUAUCAGAAGGUAUGCAAGGAGAGUCUUUGGAAAUUCUUACUACAGACAAGUACAAUCAGAAAAAGGUUGAUCGGAAUCUGCCACCUGAAGCAUUUAGCAGUAAUGAUUCAUUAAUACCGACUACACUUAAUUUUACCUAUAAAAUUAGCAACAAUGAUACUUCCAUCACAUCUGAGUUAACAUGUGAACUACCCCAUAGCCAGUUGAUUCUUCCAGAUCAUAUAGAAAAGAAGAGACUGUCUUGGAUGCAAAGUUGCACCCCUUGGGCUAGAAUUUGUAAUGAAAACAAGAGAAAACAAGUUGUUAAGAAAAACAGAUCACGAAAGACAUCAUCUUGUCAGCUUCCCCCUUUGAGUAUGGAUGUGAUCCUGCAUUCUGGUAACUGGGGAGCUCUUCAACAGGUGACAACAGUUGCACUUCAAGACUUGCCAGGAUUCAGUUUAUCAACAUUUUCACUGUGUCCACAGCUCAGGUGUUUGUCAUUAAGACGCUGUGGAUUAAUAGCACUUGAAGGACUUAAUGACUGCAAGGAACUAACUUUCAUUGACGUGCAGGAAAAUGCAAUUAAGACUAUAAACUGCCUUGAUGUGGAAAAUCUCUGUGUUCUCCUUCUCAACCAUAACCAGCUAACUUCCAUUCAUGGUAUUGAUGGCUGCAGGAACCUGAAAGUUCUUGAACUCUCCCACAAUAAUAUCACACGUAUUGGUAAUACAGAAUCUCUGAAAAUUCUUCAGCACAUGGCUGUGAGUCACAACCAGUUAAUAAGUACCAAAGGCCUAAACAAAACACCAACACUUCUUUAUUUGGACUGCUCCUUUAACCACCUCACAAGUGUUGAUGGGAUUGAACAUUGUGGGCUACUCCAGAUCCUAAAAGUGGAGGGAAACAACCUGACUGAGUUCCCCAACCUGGAAAAUAACGUGCUGCUUCGAGAACUCUACCUGGAUGAUAACAGUAUUUAUUCAUUAAAAAGAAUGUCUGAAUGUUGGCUUCCACUGCUGAAAGUGUUAUCUUUAUCUCAGAACAGCCUGACUUCUCUACCACCCAUGUCUGAAGUUAUACUUCUGGAAAAACUUCACCUAAGUAACAACUGUUUGGCAGAUAUGAAAAGUGCCUCUGAAUGGUUCAGCGGAUGUCAACAUUUAUUGGAACUAAAUGUUGAUGGAAACCCACUUCAACAGGACACAGAUUGGAGGGACACAUUGCUUAGAAUAACGCCAAGUCUUAAGUUUCUUAAUGGCAAGUCUGCCAAUUCCUCUGGAGAGAUCCAUAUGGAAAAAAGAAUCAGUGCACCGGAGGGCAGCUUCUUGGCUUUCUGUCAUCGCCAGCAUCAAGAGAUCGAGUUAGUUCUGAAGAAUCAUGCUGCUGAAGUAGGAAAUACUCAGUCAGUGCUAGAAGCUGCAGAAAUCCAGUGUCAGCAUUUAGGAGAAUUGAUGUGUCUGGCUGAAGAGCAUCGCUAUGCUCAUGAAUAUGGAGACCUGUGCAUCAAUGACAGAAACGAUCCAAAGUCUCAGAGAAACCCUUUGAAGCAUUUGACCAGUGACAGUCAUCACGGUAAUAACUGCCCCGUGCCUGGUGCUAAAGAAAAUAAGCAGAGUACUGGAAAAACUUCUAAAAGAUGGAUGACUCCAGGCCAGAGGCAACCUACUGUAUGUGCUAACUUCUGUGAAACUCGGGAAGAGCAGAGCUUUACACUGAUAGAGAGUAAAGGAGGGAACAGUGGUACUACUUCUACAGUUUGCAAGAACAAAAGAAGCAAUCAACAACCUAUGCUCCCAGAAGAGAGCAUUAAAAACUCAGUAACAAUCAGUGCUAACAUGGUGGGGAAACAUCUUCUGCGUGCUCAACAGAACAACUUGGAAAACUUUGCAGCUACUGUCGUCCAGGCCCACUGGAGAGGUUAUGUUGUUCGCAGAGACCUUUCCUUUUUUGCAAUGCUUCAUGUUGCAGCCAUAGUGAUUCAGUCAGUAUGGCGGGGGCACUGUACCAGGAAGAAAAUGGGACGAUUGAAAAAAUUCAAAGCUGCAUGUGUGGAUGGCAAUAGAUCUGAACAAUACCCAGAAAUGGCCCGCUUUAGAGCUGCUACUCUUAUCCAGGCAGCUUGGAAAGGUUUCCACUUGAGGAAGAAGUUGGCUUCUGCUCUAGCAGCUGUCAGAAAGGAUGAAACAGAGGAUGAAUUUGAAGAAGUUAACUUGGAUGAUUUUGUAUACAAUGAGGAUACUCUAGAGAAAGAAUGGCUUAUACUGGAUUCUGAACACUUCCCUUCAAAAACACUGAUGAUGUCAAACCAUCUACACUGGCCAAAGCCGCCCAGUAAUGCUCCUGUUAUCAGCAGCAGUUCUGGUUUUCCCUGGCAACCUCCAGAAGCCUGGCAUAAGGAUGAUAACAUCAGUGCAGCAGUCAAACCUGGCAGCUCUUUGUCACUUACUGGAAUGUGGCAAUGCGCCAGCUCUAAGAGCAGAACAGUAUCAAGAUUAUCAGAGAAGAGUCAGACAACUGACACUAACCACAGCUUUACAAAACAAAAAGAGAAGGAACUUUCAGAGGAAUGGGGGUUUAAAGAUAUGCAGACUGCUCAGUUAAUGCUGAAACGAGCUCAGAAGAUGAAGUCCAAGAAAGCAAGAAGUAAACAAUUACUUGACCCAGCUGUGCGACUGGCAUUGUUCAAACACAAUGAAAAUAAACAUCCUCAUAUGAGCCCACCAAAGAAGGUACAACCUGCUCGAGUGGAUUAUUUUAAAGCUGCAGACGAGAACACUCGCAAUAUCCAGUCGCAUUCAGGGUGCCUGGCCAGGAUGAGGCGUGAGUGUGUUAGUGAAGAAGAAUUUGUACAUUGGGAUAGUACCUCAGCAGAAAAAAUAGAACGGAGCAGACAAUUUACAUACCAGUGGCUUCAGACACAAGUUGAGGAUUAUAAAACAGCCAGCUCCAGAAUUAUGAAAAGCAGCCGCUUCUUGCCAGAGUUAAAUCCAGAUGUCCUCAGUGGAGGAAGAGUUCAGCUUGUGACAAGCCCUUCAAGACAAGAAGCAAUGGAUUUAGAAAUUGUAUCAAUAGCAAGUGGAAGUUCUGUAACUCAAGUCAGUGAGAAAAAUAAUCAGUCACGUAGACAUUCAGUGGAAGUGGCAAAAAAGCACAUCCCUUUGAAAUCAAAUUCAGCACCUUCAAAGAAAGAGAGGAUUUCAUUUCGGGAUAACCCUGUGCAGCAAAGUAUUGGAUGGGGAUCUGGAAAGAAGAGAGGAAACCCUUUUAAAUAAACCUGCUGUAUAUGCAAUGUGUGAAUGCCCAAAUGUAUGCACAUUCUAUUUAUAUGUGUAUAAUAUGCAUAUCAUAUAUAGUUAUAUAUUCAUGGUUGUGUUUAUUUCACUGGACCUCUGUAAAGCUGUUAGUAGGUACUGGUAUGUAAUUUAUGAAACCCUGCUCUUAAAAACAUUCUAUAUGUAGAAUGUUGUUCAGAUGUAAUACAUGUAUGUGAUGUGUUUGCAGUGUGUAUAUGUGUGCGUAAACACAAUUACACACAUAUACAAAUGUGUGUGUGUGUGUGUGUGUGUGUGUCUGUAUUGUACUGUAUUGUUUCUGAAUUCAGUCAUAAUGAAAAAGAAACUUGAAUGUGUAGCAUGAGAUGUAGUGUCGGGCAGUAUUUUUAACAAGCUGUAAUUAACUGCAUAUUUCUGUAUAUAAUUAAACAGUUGUUAAUAUCUUUGUUUCAAAAUGAAACUAUAUCAGAUGGUUUUCGAUGCAAAUUCUUAUAAUAAAAUGCUGAAAUUCUCCACUUACCCUGUCCUUUACUGGGACUGAUGUUCUAUCUUGUAUUGUUUCCAUUACCAGUAUAUUGUAUGUGUAAGUAAACCUACUUCUAGUGUGUAUGUAUAAUACAUGCAUCUUCCCAUCUUAUGACUUGUAUUAAUUAUAGUAGCUCUUUUGAGUAGUAAAUUUUCUCAUUGCACUUAAUUAUGGCAAAUACAUUUAGAAAGU